AUGGCAAAAAAUCACUUGUCAUCCGAGAUGGUGGAAGAAUCUGAUCUUGAAAGCGCCUCAUCUGAUGAUGAAAUCGUGCAGGAAGAAUACGAGCCACCAAGAUCCUAUGAUCAAGUUGAUGGACUAUCUUUAGUGAAGGAGCUCACACAUGAUUAUCUUAAAGACCAUCCAAAGUUACAGCUAUGGCUUAUAAAGUACCCAGAUGAACUUGAUGUUUCUCAAAUUAAACAAAUACCAAUUAAUAGUAUAGGUGAUUCAGAAUCAUUCGACGUCGAUAAAAAGUCAUUUGAUAUUGCUGAAGAUCUUACUGCAAUAGACGACACAAACAAUAGUAAGGAUCAAAAAUAUUCUCUACUUUUACCGGAGAAGUCAUCUACUUAUACGGCGGAGAAACCAAAGAAGAUAACCAGAUUUUUUAAUAUUUCAGAAAAGAUUGAGAUUCCAGCUAUAGAUUGGGAUACGGCGAUUGCGCAAAAGCCAAAGGUUAAACCCAUUGCAAAUCUCAGGAUGCGCCAUUUUCCAACGGGAUAUUACAUUAAAGAUUAUAAAGAAGCCAAGGAGCCUGUUAUCCCUUCUCCAAGAAAGAGGAAAGCAUCGAAUGUUCAAGAUACAAAAAAUCCUUCAUUAAACUCUACAAAGGCCUUAGAAGGAGAAACUCCAAGAAAAAAGCAUCACCAUCAUCACCAUCAUCACCAUAAGGAGAAAUAUCAACAGCACUGA